AUGGCUUUCUUUGGCAAAUUGUACACACACGACAGCAACGAGAACUUCGAGGAUUUUGUUAAAAGUUUGAAUCUUCCACAAGAGUUUGCUACUGCUUACCUCAAUUCCAAGAUUUCUCAGAAAAUCGAGAAAGAUGGAGACGAGUACGUUAUAACCACCAACAAACCAUCGGGACCAAGUGAAAUGAGAUUUAAAAGCGGCGUUGAGUUUGACGAGAAAAUCACUGCUGAAGUUACUGGCAAGAACACAAUAACUGUAGAUGGUAACAAAGUGACUCAAGUUCAGAAGUUACCUGAUGGCAAAACCGUCACCUUCGCCAGGGAAUACUCACCAGACAAACUUGUUGUGACUAUCACAUCGAGCUUCUGGAACGGCACAGCAAAGAGGAUUUACGUUGCGUAA